GCCCCGUUGAUGCUGCGAAUCUGGGUUUUUGGUUUUUAUACUCCUGCUGACUUUUGUUUUCACAUUUUGCAUUUUGCAUUUGAUUUUAAUUUUUAUCAAAAUCCUGACAAUAAUUCAGUGAAAUUUGAAUAACUGAAAUUAUCAAUUUAAGUAUACUCGUCACAAUACACGCUGCUUAAACUUAUUCAGUACAACAUCAGACAGACAUCCUGCCACACUUUCGUUUUUCACAUUCUAAAAUGAUUAGUUGUUUUUUUAUUUAUAACUCACAAAAAAUUGUGGUAAUAUAUAAAUUGUGAGUUGUAAAAUUAGCUAAAUGAUGGCCUCAUUUGGGAAGAUGGGCAGCACUAAAAUAAUCAGGAUCAAUCUCCCAGAAUGUAUUGAAUUAGAGUGGAAAUUAUUAAAAUAUUUAAAGACUUUUAAAAAGUGCUGGACCUGUUUGGGUGACAAUGACAAUAAUAAUAAUUACUUAAAGCCUGGUCUUGAUGACAAGGUCCAUGUAAAGAUGGAACGCCUACUACAGAGGGAGACCACUUUUCGACAUAUUCUUCUUCUUUUGACCAGAAAAGGGGAUAAAUUUCAUCUCGGGAUGGCCGAUUUUUACCAAAACUGCUGCGCCGCUUGCACGGAAAUAUUUCAGAAUUUAUUCAAACUCGAGGAGGAAUUGGAUAAGGUCCAGGCCAAGAUUUUCACUAAUUUUGCCCUUUUAAAACGGAAGCGGAGAAAAUCGUUGUCGCCGUCAUUUGUUAUCAAGUUGGAACCAGAUAAAAAUUCGAGGGUAGUAGAGAGCAUGUUUGAGCAAGGAAAAACUGGCGAUAAUGACUUUGAUGGAGACAACACAAUGCCGGAAGGAAAGGGAAAUGUGAGUCAUGUGGGAGUGGCGGUUGAUAGUAAUCGUGUCAUAGUCAUAAAAGAAGAGUCAACUUCCGACCUGGAAGAAUUUUAUGCCGAGAUGAUUCAGGAGGAAGAUGCAGAAAUCGAGCCAAAUUUCGACUCAGAUUUUAUCCCUGACAACGACGACGAUCGUCACCCUUCUUCAGCUGAUGAUAAUAAUGACGAUGAUGAAGACACCCCCACAGAUCCAGACUUCAUUUUUAAAUCCCCCAGAAAAACUGAGCGAACAACUCGCCCUUCUUCCAAACCUUAUCAACCUCGUGUUCUAAAGUACCCCAAAGUCGACCCUGACAACAUCGUCUGUCCUACAUGUCCACAUCCCACCGACGCGGCUGUCCCCCCUCACAAAUUCGCCAGUAUUCGGCAGUACAGGUACCACUACGAUCAAAACCAUCUCGGCCUCCACACCCGAAAGCGAAUUCCUCACCCCUGCCCCCACUGCGACCAUUCGUUCAAGAGGAAACCCCAACUCUUCCGCCACAUCUUUGAAACCCACCCUUCAAACUACAACCGUAGUCCAUUCCCCUGUUCGGCUUGUGGGAAAGUGCUUUCCAGCAAAUAUGCCCUCGCCGGACAUGAGCGCAUCGUCUGCCAAGUCCCCGCUGACAAGACCUCAUACAAGAUAUCCAUUUACGCAUGCGAAUUUCAAGGUUGUCCCGCCCAGUUUUACACAAAACAAGGCCUCACUAGCCACACUGAGACACACACCGGCGCUAACAACAUUGCGUGUGACAAGUGUGGAGCCACCUUCAGCCGACUAGAAUCCCUUCACGGUCAUGUAAAACAUUCUUGUCAAUAUGGGGAUCGCAUACCUCGCCGUAAAGCUAAAAAUUCAAAUUCACAGCCGUCAGUCUCGUUCAAAUGUCCGCAUUGCAAUCGCAGCUACCAGAUGAGAUUUGCAUACGAGAAACACCUGAAAAUCUGCAAAGUUUCAAGGCCUGCAACCAAACCGAGAGGAAUUUGUCAUAUUUGCGGCAAGUCAAUGUUCCUCAUCGAGCUGAAAACCCACAAAAGAAAGGUGCACGAUGGGGUGAAAAACAAUAUUUGCAAAUAUUGUGGCAAGGGCUUCUUCAAUAUCCACACUUUGAAGAUACACACGGCCAACGUGCACGAGCCGAAGGGCGUCCCCAAGGAGAGAAAGUACGUCUGCGAAGUUUGCGGAAAGGCUUUUCGGGACACGGGGAAUUUAUCCGAUCACAAGAAGCGGGUGCAUUUAAAACUGUAUCGAUUUUCCUGUCACUACUGCGGGAUGAAAUUUUGGCACAAGAACGACAUUAGAAAACAUUUCAAAGGACAUGAAAAUAAGGGUGUAGCAGUAAUGGAGUUUGAUGAGUUUAUACGAAUUUCAAAGCUUCCGGAGAGAGUUACGAGUGAAGAAGGUUUAUCCUCUCCACCCCUUGAGUCAUCCGAAGGUGUCGGUUUAUCGUAACUUGGUAAAUUGGCAGAGGGAGGCACAUGUAUAAAUUAAAAAAUUAAUUUUGUACUCGUGAAAGACUAAAAUAAAACUCAUACACAAUGGAAAUUGGAUACAUA